AUGAUUCUUGAUUGCUCAUCGAUGGAAUAUGUAAAAACUGCAUUUGAUGAUUUGUGUAUACUUGAUGAGGAAAAAACAAAGGGGGGCAGAAUGGAGAAGAGGGAGCACAUUGAUUCGGAUGAUGAGGACGAUAAAUACAAGUCCAAUAACCUUGAAGCCGAGAGGAGACAGCGCAAGAAACUCAAUGACAGGCUCUUAGAACUGCGUUCAUCAAUGAAUAAAGCUACCGUAGUCACUGAUGCUGUCACUUACAUUGAGGAGCUACAGAGGCAUGUAAAAGAUCUUAGUCACCAACUAUUCGAAAUGGAUGCAAAUUUUGUAGAGGAAGAAGCGACGAAAAUUGAAGAGAUAGAUUCAGCAGAAGAGAUGAAGAUAUGGGGGAUAGAACCAGAAGUUCAGGUGACUUCCAUAUACGGGACUAAACUUUGGAUAAAGAUCGUCUAUCAGAAAACAAAAGGCAGAUUUACCAAAAUAAUGGAGGCCAUAAGUGUGCUUGGAUUUGAUAUUACUGAUAUCAGUGUCACCACCUCCAAAGGAGCAAUUCUUGUUACUUCAUGUGUGGAGGACUCGAUAUUUAUUGUGGCUAGAUUUCGAUUUCGUUACAUUAUACUAGCCGAACUAUUCGGUUCUUUGGGAAAAGGCAUUGCGUUGAGAACUUCAUUCGCCUUCGGGCCUAUGCAAGUCGCAGUUUCAAGUCCAGCACCAGCGCCAUCAGAAAACGGGGUUAAUUGGAGGUCCAGUGGAGGUCCAGGAAUCCCACUAAUUAGGACGAAUGUCGUCUGUCGCUGGUGGAGAUGUGAUUCUUGGACUAGCCAUUGUUUCAGUUGCUGCCAUUUUCUUCUUCAUCCGAAUCACCAGACAAAGCAGAGAAUCUCAUGCCUGAGUCGAGAUUAUCUUAUCUUAUCUUUCUAG